AUGUUUUCUGCUGCUGCUCUCUACCCAAGUAUCAUCUCUUCAACAUACCUGGACCUACUUGGUCUCACUUUUUUGGCCUCCCUGGACCCCUUCAGUGUCAAGACUUCAGCCUCCUGGGAACUCUUUAAAAUCCCCUUUUCAGAUUCUUUGGAUUUAUCCAGUCUGAGCUCUUCAUCCUCUGUUGAGUUCUCCAGUCUCACUUCAUCGUCUCUGGACCUUUCAAGUCUCCCAUCUUCAGCCUCCUCAGAUUUCUCCAGUAUCUCCUCUUCAAUCUCGUUAGAGCUCUCCAGUCUCACCUCUUCAGAUUCCUGGGAGCGCUCCAGUUUCUCCUCUUCCAUUUCACUGGACCUAUCAAGUCUCACUUCAUCAGGCUCUCUGGAUCAAUCUGGUGACAGUUCUUCCAUCUCCUUAGAUCUCUCAAGUGUCACCUCUAUAUCCUCCACAGAUUUCUCCAGUCCUACUACUUCACUCUCUCUAGACCUCUCCACUCAUACGUCUUCGUCCUCCACGGAUGUUUCCAGUCACACCUCCUCAGCUUCCUUGAACUUUUCCUGUACAAUCCCUCCAUCCUCACCAGGCAUCUCAGAGAACAGCUCCUCGACCUCUUCAGAGUCACUAGACCUCACUGAUUUUAACUAUUUCCUGUUUCAGCGCUCCUCUGAAUUGUCCUCAUCGACCUCUCAGGAUGUUUCCAAUCUCAUCUCUACACCCUUUCUGGAUGUCUCCAAUCUCACCUUUCAGGAUGCUUCUUCCCUCACUUCCCCAGUUUCUAUGGACAUGUCUAAUCUCACACCCUUAGUUCCCCCAGACCUCUCCACGCUCACAUUCCUGGAUGUUGCUAAUCGCAACGCUUCAGCUUCCCUUGACCUCUGCAUCUAACCCCCCUCACACAGCCCCUCUCCCUGCAACCUCUCUCUGUCUUUCUGAACUCUCCCCCUUUAUGUGCUCUCUCCUAAGUUCUCUCUCUGAAAAUUCCUAUCUGAGGAAAUUUUAGGGCUUUCCAAACAUCUCCUGGCAUCUGAACAGAACUGGGCAUGGAAACAGGUCGUACAGAUCUAUACUGGUGCCUUGUAACAGCUGCAGAAACACCAAUAUAUAGUCUGGAUUUUUUGUAGACCACAGUUUCUGUCCCUGAUCUGAUUUCCAGUCUGCCUCAGCAUGGCUGGUACCACUCCCAAAGGUUAAACUUUUUCAAUUCAUGCUGAAUUUUUAUCUGUCAGGACCAACAAACAGUAAAUAGAGAUGAAUGGGCAAAUAAUUGCAUAUCUCCAUUAUGGAUUAGUCAUACAUCUCCAUUAUGGAUUUAAAUCUGACUUAAUUUCACACAAUUGCAGGUGGAGGCAUUUCACAGGGAGGUACAGAGAGAAAAGAUAAUUGUGGAGAAAAAAGCAGGUGAGAGACAGGAGGUAGGGAGAGGACUCAGAGAAGGUGUGGGGCAGGAACAGAGGGAUACAGAGCUGGAAGAAAAAUGUCCAAUACUGCUAUUUUGGCCCGGGGUGCCCAUGAGGCUUAAAAUAAUCUUACUGCUAAUUAUUUUACCUAUCAAAUCAUCAGAUGUUGCCAUUAAAGCAGCAUUUAUAUGUAACAUCCCCUUUAUCAACAUAUGUAAGUACUGCAGUUACCUGUCUUGCAUCCAGUGUGCUGCUUAGGUAGCAGAGAGCGGCUUCCCUUUGGUGCUGUCUUGUAUCUUUUUGUUGUCACUGCUGUAGUUGGGGUUUAGAAACCAAAAUAUGUUCCCUUUCAAUAUCAUAACGCUGGCACCUUUCUGGGCUAAAAAGGCAGAAACAUAUUUGUCAUAGCAAGUAUUUUUUCAAUGAUUUAAUUUUUGCAAGUUGGAAGACUUUGUUCCAAUACGCCAUGUCUGUCUCAAAAUUAGGAUAAUUAUGACUCAUACAAAAAUAAAUAAGGAAAUAAGUGCAUGAAAUAAAAAUUAUUUUCUGCCUCCUUUACACUAGUUGCUUCUUUAAAAUUAAGUAUGAACGCUUGCAAGACAUGAAUUUAAGAAAUUAACCCCAAAUUCAGUAGGAGCAGAUAUGUUUAGCAGUUUAAAAAAAAAAAAAAACAAAAAUCACAGGUUAUUGGACCAGAUCUUACUGCCAUAUGCUGUCCUGCAGAAAGACUGGAAGAUAUUUGGUGAAGAGUUGUUCUUUUUGUUCUGGUAACUCUGUCCUGACCAUGUGUGGUUUGUUUAUUGCAAUGGUUCUGGACUAAAUGAGAUCUCUUAAUAAAGUUGAAAGUUACCCUGCGCUUUAAAAA